CCAGGCGGAUCCUCCAAGGGCGGCGGGGGCGGCCGCGACGCGGACCGGGGAGCGGUGGCGCGGCUGCAGCUGCUUACGAAGAUGGCGCAGCAGGCGCCCAGGGGGACUCCGAUGACGUCGAGGAGUCCGAGGGCCCCGAGGACUCCAAAGGCUCCAUGGGAUCAGGUGUGCCAGCAGGAGCAGCCAGAUGCCGAGUGGAAGGAGGAGACGUGGAACUUGCUGGCUGACUACGCCGUCAAGGCCUCGGAGCACCGCAGCGGGGACGUGCGGCAGCAGUCCGCCGCGCUCCUCGCCGCGCUCUCGGCCGGCGGGCCGCACGCCAGCGCGGCGGCCGAGGCUGCUGCGGAGAGGAUCAGAGCCGUGGCGACGGAGAAGGCUUGCAAGCGCCCCGGCACCGGCGGCGGGCGCCUCGGCACCGCCGCGGGGCGCGGCGGCUCGCUGGGCGCGAGCGGGCGCCUGAGCACGGGCGCCGGGCGCGCGCCCAGGCGGGCGCAGCCCCCCCCCCCGCUCUCGCCCUUCCGCGC